AUGGCGUCGGUUCAGGUGUUGCGUAAACAGGAGCACCUCGAGGCUGGGAAAAGGAGGCUGGAAGAGUUCCGCAAGAAGAAAGCAGCAGAUCGAGCCAAGAAAGCUGGAGCUCCCGCUCAAUCUCAAGGUUCUGAUGUUAACAUAGAGGAGAAAAAACCGUUGGAGAAAAAACCUUUGGAGACUGAACAAGUAAGGGUUACAGCUUCAGAUGGAGUUGGUACCUCCAGUGCAUCUGGUGUGACUUUUCAAAUAUCCAGUCAAAGAAACAAGGGAGAUAAUCUUACCACCAAAGUUGAACACAGUACUUCCAAAAUUGCGAAUGCCAGUCCAUCUGCUUUAAAUGAUUUUAGUACAAUAUUUUCAGACAUAGGUCAGAGAAGUGCUGAGAAUAGUGAUCUGACAAGAUCUGAUGCCCUAGGCAUAGAGAGGGAAGGUGUUACCAAGUAUGGUCUAACAAAUUCAAUACGCGAUUCUAGUGCUCAUGCUUCUGGCCAAGGUGUACUACCGGACGGGAUUCUGUCUCACCAGGCUAAGAAUCCACAGGUUGACCAGGGUUUUGAUAGUAGUUUCUCCCAUUACAAACAUUCCGGGACAGAUGCGUUCCAACAUGAAGAAUAUAAAAGUUCAUCAUGGGACUCUAUAGUUGCGAAUCCUGGUUCUCAAACAUCUUCUCUUAACCGGGGUUCUAUCUUCUCGAACUCAGAAGCUAAGCCUGUUGAUAGCAGUCAACCUAAUACCAACUUGAACUUAAGAGGUUCAGGUAAUGGAGUUGAGAAAGAAAUGCGUGGAACAUUGCAGACUAGCGAUUCCACAAUUUCAGAUUUUGGGAGGCGAGAUUUUAAAAGUUUGGCUAGCUGGUUGCCUGGAGUUCAUGGUGAUUCUACCCAAUUGUCUGAACCCACGUCUAAUUCAGGUGUCAAGGAUUCAUCGAAUCAUGCAUCAUUACAUGGUGGUCAAUAUGAAACUAAUUCCAGGAGGUCUCGUCCAUCUUUCCUAGAUUCUAUCAAUGUGGCAAGACCUACACUGGCAUCUCCAUUCUCACAAAGCAAACCAUAUGAAUCUUUCAUGCCUGUUACUUCAAAUUCAAAUGGCACAGAUGUUCAAGAGCCAUCAACCCUUACUAAGCCAUUUGUGGAUACUGAAAUGGGACCUUUCUCAAAAUCCAAGUCAUCCAGUGCACCAGAUGUGUAUGAACAUUCAUGGAAAUCUUCAGUGUCCUCUUCCAAUGGGUUUGAUGUACCAAGAUCAAAUAUCAAUGACAAUAAUAUAGAGGGAACACAUGAGUUUUAUGCCCCUCAACAGAAUGAAGAUUUUUCAGCAUUGGAACAGCACAUAGAAGAUUUGACCCAAGAGAAAUUUUCACUGCAACGAGCGCUGGAAGCUUCACGUGCAUUAGCUGAGUCCUUGGCUUCCGAAAAUACGUCGUUGACUGAUACUUAUAAUCAACAGAGAGGCACUGUCAACCAACUAAAAUCAGAGAUGGAGAAGUUACAAGAAGAAAUCAGGGCCCAUUUGGUGGAACUUGAGUCUGUGAAAGCUGAGUAUACAAAUGCACAGCUGGAGUGUAAUGCUGCUGAUGAGCGAGCUAAGCUAUUGGCUUCAGAGGUUAUAGGUUUGGAAGAAAAGGCACUCAGACUGAGGUCUAAUGAGCUUAAGCUAGAGAGAGAACUUGAAAAAUCACAUGCUGAGAUUGCUUCUAGCAAAAAGAAAAUCUCCAACCUUGAGAGAGAACGCCUAGAUCUACAUUCAACUAUUGAUGCUCUUCAGGAAGAGAAGAAACUCUUGCAAUCUAAACUGAGGAAAGCUUCAACUGGUGGAAAAUCUAUCGAUGCCGGAAAAAUUACCGCUGUUAAAAGGGAUAUGUCGACAUCUACAGAAGAUUUAGAAGUCUUUCCAGAUACUUCGGAUCAUGAAACUUCGGAUGCGGCACUCACUGGAAGUAAUGUCCCUAGUUCUUCUGUUUCGCCUGAAAUUGGACAGCCAGACAAUGGAAUUUCUCCUGCAUACAUUCCUGCAGAUCAGUUGAGAAUGAUCCAAAAUAUAAAUGAAAUAAUGUCCGAGUUAGCAUUUGAAAAAGAAGAAUUGAUGAAAGCUUUAGCAUCCGAGUCAUCUCAAUGUUCGAAGUUGAAGGAUUUGAACAAGGAUCUUUCACGUAAACUCGAGACUCAAACUCUAAGACUAGAGCUCUUGGCUGCUCAAAGCAUGGCCACCGAGAACAUCGCAACUAGAUUACCUGAGUCCCGUAGCAUGCAGGAGAAUCCUGCAUACGCUGACGAAGGAGACGAGGUUGUAGAAAGAGUAUUGGGGUGGAUUAUGAAGCUCUUCCCUGGAGGGCCAGCAAAAAGAAGAACCAGCAAGUUGCUCUGA